AUGCCGGGGACCCCACCUUGCCCAGCUUUUGCCCCGGGAAGUCAUCGUGACCGGGAGAGGGGUCUGUCGGAACUAAAUCAAGCGAUAAACCAAGGCAAAGCUGGCCCGAAAAUUUUUCGGGAGCCAGGCCUUUGGAUACAUCUCACCUGCUUUUUAGCAUUCUGGUCCCAGAGUGUCUGCCUGCAGACCUCUGGUGACAGCCGAAGGCAGAGGCAUCGCUUCGACGAUGACCCCGCUGCGGACCCCCCGGAAGUGGAUUUGGAAGAAAGACUUGGUGAGUUGGAUCUUAGAAGUGAUUCAGAUGUUCCUGAUGUUCCUCCACCAACAGACAGCACUCCAGAAAUCCUCAAAAGGGCUUUAUCAGGCUUGUCUGCCAGAUGGAAAAAUUGGUGGAUUCGUGGAAUUCUCACUCUAGCUAUGAUUUCUGUGUUUUUUCUGGUCAUAUACCUGGGAUCAUUUAUGCUGAUGCUUCUGGUCUUAAGCAUCCAAGUGAAGUGUUACCAUGAAAUCAUUACUAUAGGUUACAGAGUCUACCACUCGUAUGACUUACCAUGGUUUAGAUCCCUCAGCUGGUACUUCUUGCUGUGUGUGAACUACUUCUUUUAUGGAGAGACUGUAGCUGAUUACUUCGCUACAUUUGUUCAGAGAAGAGAACAGCUUCAAUUCCUAAUUCGUUACCACAGAUUUAUAUCUUUUGCGCUCUAUUUAACAGGCUUCUGCAUGUUUGUUUUGAGUUUAGUGAAGAAACAUUAUCGUCUGCAGUUUUACAUGUUCGCAUGGACUCAUGUCACUUUGCUGAUCACUGUAACUCAAUCUCAUCUUGUCAUCCAAAAUCUCUUUGAAGGCAUGAUCUGGUUUCUGGUUCCAAUUUCAAGUGUUAUCUGCAAUGAUAUUACUGCUUACAUUUUUGGAUUCUUCUUUGGCAGAACUCCAUUAAUUAAGCUGUCUCCCAAGAAGACCUGGGAAGGGUUCAUUGGAGGCUUCUUUUCCACAGUUGUGUUUGGAUUUAUUUUUUCCUAUUUUUUGGCUCAACAUCAGUACUUUGUCUGCCCUGUGGAAUACAACAGUGAAAGCAACAGAUUUGUGACAGAGUGUGAACCUUCAGAGCUCUUUCAGAUGAAGAAGUACUCUGUGCCACCAUUGCUUCAGGCUGUGCUGGGAUGGGAAACGGUGAACAUGUACCCAUUUCAGAUGCACAGCAUUGCACUGUCAACAUUUGCCUCAUUACUUGGGCCAUUUGGAGGAUUCUUCGCCAGUGGAUUUAAAAGAGCUUUCAAAAUCAAGGAUUUCGCAGACACAAUCCCUGGGCAUGGUGGGAUAAUGGAUCGCUUUGAUUGUCAGUACUUGAUGGCCACUUUUGUUCACGUCUAUAUCACCAGUUUCAUAAGGGGUCCAAAUCCCAGCAAAUUACUGAAACAGCUGUUGAUACUUCAGCCUGAGCAACAACUAAGCGUGUAUAAAACCCUGAAAUCUCACCUUGUUGGAAAAGGGAUCCUGCAGCCGUCUCUGAGAGGGUAG